AUGACAACCUCACCUUCAUAUGCCUUCUCAUCCUCAUCAGCAACGCCCAUCCUGCUCCUCAAGACGAAAUCUACCCCGCAUGAUGGCUACGAGGAAUUCUUCUCCGCCCACGGCUACAACCCCGCCUUCGUCCCAGUCCUCGAGCACCAUUUCCAUCAGACGAACCUCCACACCGUAAAGGAUCUCUUCACGUCGGGCAGUCUAAAUGCCGGCCCGCGACGGAAAUACGGCGGGCUGAUAUUUACCAGCCAGCGCGCUGUAGAGGGGUUCGCGCGCUUGGUCACGUCCGAGGUGGAUGCGACAGCCGCAUCCCACUCCUUGAUACUGUACACCGUCGGGCCCGCGACAUCCCGCUCCCUCACUACCUUGCGAGAUUCACAUCUGCCCCAUGCAACUAUCUACGGCUCCGACGCUGGAGACGGCCAGAAACUUGCGCUUGCGAUCCUGGAGCAUUAUAAUGCGCUCUAUGAUAGCGGAGGCGUAGAUGCUAGCACAGGCGCACCGCCCGUGAAGCCACCCCUCCUCUUCCUUGUUGGCGAACAGCGCCGCGAUAUCAUACCCAGAACGCUCAUGGAUGAGUCCCUGUCCCCCGCUAAGCGGAUUCAGGUAGAUGAGCUUGUCGUUUACGAGACGGGGGUGAUGGAGUCCUUUAGAGGUGAUUUUCAGGCUGCGGUACGCGCCGGACAGGAGUAUUUGGCUCUGGCUGGUCAGGAUCGGGACGCUGAUGGAAAGAACGUGGCGAUCUGGGUUGUGGUAUUUUCGCCAACAGGCUGUGAUGCGAUGCUUCGUGUUUUGGGGUUGCUUUCUACGUCUACAGAGCCCUCUGCCGGAGGUGCGGAUACGCUGGUUGAUGGGAGUGCAAGCAGGACGGAGAGGAGGUUCUUCAUAGCAACUAUUGGGCCUACGACGAGAGAUCAUCUUGUCAAGAAUUAUGGAUUCCAACCGGAUGUUUGCGCGGAGAAGCCUAGUCCGGAAGGUGUUGGUGCUGGCAUUGAAGCGUUCUUACGGCGGUGGAAGGGAAUAUGA